AUGAUGCGUGCAGUAACGUUGAAGGGCCUCGGCGGCAUUGACACGAUGUCCAUCAGCGAGGUUCCCAAGGCGGUUGCGAAGAAGGGAACAGAUGUACUUAUUAAGGUCAUGGCAGCUGGCGUGAAUCGCGCAGGUGUGUCGCAGCGGCGCGAUAACUAUGCGCCACCAGACGGUGCAAACGAGCUUUUAGGACUGGAGGUGGCGGGUAUCGUAGAGCAGGUAGGCUCGGACGCCGUAGGUAGGGUCAAGGAGGGCGACCGGGUCAUGGCACUGCUGCCCGGCGGUGGCUAUGCAGACUACGCCGUAGCGCACAUGGGCUGUGUGAUGGCGAUGCCGCAGGGCUACAGCUUCACUGAGGCCGCCGCCAUUCCAGAGGCGUUCAUCAGGGCGUGGCAGAUUCUUCAUCGCCAUGGAAAGGUGAAGCGGGGGCAAAAGGUGCUGAUUCAUGCCGGUGCCAGCGACAUCGGCAGUGCGUCGGCACAGAUCACGGAGAAGUACUUCCAAGCAACCGCCAUCACGACCUCGUCCGAGGAGAAGCUGGAUGUGUGCAAGGCGCACGCAAGCGUGACGCUGAGCCGCACGCCCGACGAGCUUGGCUUGGCCUUUGCGCCGAAGCUGAAGCGCCUCUUCGGCGAGGAGAGUGUGAACGUGAUUGUCGAUCCAGUGUUUGGCGGAACGUACCUCAGUGAGAAUGCCCAAGUACUCGCGCCCAAUGGUCACCUCAUCGUCAUUGCCUUCAUGGGCGGGGCGCUCGUGCACAUGAACGCCCUGCCGCUAUUUCGGGAGAUGGCGCAGAUCACCUUCUCCAAGCUACACUGCCGCAGUGACCAGUACAAGGCCGACCUCGUCGCCUCCUUCGAGCGCGAGAUUGUGCCCUACAUGAGUGAGCGCAUCAUCUCCACGAUUGUAGACCGCACCUUCCCACUGGAGGAGGUGGCCAACGCGCACAAGUUUCUCGCGGAGAAACACGGCCACGGCAAGGUGGUGCUGACUGUUUGCGAGGCACCAAAGCUGAUCAUGUAG